UAUUAUGUACCAAAUAAGGUUCCUCACAAUUGCACCUCAGCAGGAGGGAGGUGUUAAAGAAGAACCAAUUUCAGAAAUUCAAAACAGACGGACCUGGCAGUUUGACUGGGCAUUAAAUAAACUGGAUAACUCUGUCAGAAAAACUGGCCGCAUCCCUAAAGCCCUUCUACUAAAAAUCUUCCAUGGAAUAUGCAAAACAGGGUGUCCAGGGAGUAACCAGACCUUGCUUUUGUUGCGAAGUUGUGGCGCUCUUUUACCAGAGGUAUUGUCACCUGAAAGAACAGAAUUAGCCCAUAUGAUAUGGGACAAGAUGAAAGAACUGGGUGCUGUGUAUGAUACAAGCCAUUAUAAUGCUUUACUUAAAGUCUACCUUCAGAACGAGCAUAAAUUUUCUCCGACGGAAUUCUUGGCCAGGAUGGAGGAAGCUAAUGUACAGCCCAAUCGAGUUACAUACCAAAGGUUGAUUGCUGCUUAUUGCAAUGAGGGUGACAUUGAAGGAGCGAGUAAGAUUCUUGGAUUUAUGAAGAACAAAGAUCUCCCAAUUACUGAGGCAGUAUUCAGUAGCCUUGUAAAAGGUCAUGCAAGAUCAGGAGAUAUGAAGAGUGCGGAAAAUAUCCUUUCAGUCAUGAGGAUGGCUGGUGUUGAACCAGGUCCAGACACCUAUUUAUCACUCCUGAAUGUGUAUGCUGAAAAGGGUGAUGCUGAUAGCAUCAAAAAGACUCUGGAAGAGGUUGAGAAGAGUGAAGGGUACCUUAUGGAUAGGAUUUUGAUGCAGGUAAUUUUUAGCCUUGCCAGGGCUGGAUAUCCUCAGUACAUCGAAGGUAUUAAAGAACGCAUAAGAUUUGAAAAGGGAUUAAUUCCAGAUGCAAUGAACCUGUGUUUGACUCUGGUAACUCACGGCUUUGAAGAUAUAAGUUUCCAUAUUUUGAAGUCUCUUAAUCAUUUAUCGCGCGAUAAUGUGGAUCAGGGUAGCUUCUUCUUGCAACACUGUGUAAACAGAGAUCUGCCUAUGAACAAGUUGAAGCAAUUUUGUAGUGAGUUAAAAGAAGCAAAAAUGCACUCAGCACCGUUACCAUUUAUUUUGCGUUGUGCUUUGGAGGCCAACAAAUCAGCCUUGGCCAUUGAUGUGAUGAAGAUGAUGAAAGAGGAAGGCUUGCCACUCAGACCUCAUUAUUCCUGGCCGCUGCUAGUUGGGUUCCAGAAAGAGAAGAAUCUUAAAGGUAUCUUUGAUGUCCUCAAAGUGAUGCACGAGUUGGGGGUGGAACUUGAUGCAGAAACAUACACAGACUAUGUUUUUAAAAAUUUUGCUGAUAGUGAAACUGCCCGUGCCCAGCUGAAGAAAAAUGACUGCCUGUUUGAAACUGUUGGACUCUCUGUAGCAGAAAUAAGAUAUGAAGCAGCACAUGGAAGACUGAAUAAUGUUCUUUCUCUAUUGUCUUCAGCAAGCACACCUCCUAUUGAUACUCGUCAGUUUAAAAGCAGCCUCAUUUUGGGUUUUAAAAGCUCAAAUGAUGUACAACUUUGGAGCAAGAUAACAGAACUGUUGUACAAGGAUGAACGUUAUUGCCUGACGCCUCCAGGACCAACUGAAGCUGUUGGCUAUUUUCUUUAUCACUUGAUUGACAGCAUGAGUGACUCAGAGGUACAGGCCAAGGAGGAGCGUUUGAGACAAUACUUCCAUCAGCUGAAGAAGAUGAAUAUAGUUAUCCCUACAACCCACUUGAGCGGCAUUUGCAGACUGCUGGACUCCUCUCAAGUUCCUGAAUUAAUUAAGGAUGCAAGGUUACUGUCUCAUAAAAAAUCCCUGUCUACAGACAGCAUUCCAGAAAGUGCUAAAUCUGACGUGUCUGCUUUGGAGAAGAAACUAGAAAAGCGAAAAGCUGAAAACCAGCCUAUUACAGAUGUCUUGAAACAACUCAUACAUGCUCUUUGUGAAGAAGAGAAUAUGCAAAAAGCCCUUGAAGUGAAAGACAAAUAUGAACCGGACAUGGUUGUCGGUGGCUAUGCAGCCUUAAUAAAUCUGUGCUGUCGACAUGAUAAUGUAGAAGAAGCAAUGAACCUGAAAGAAAAAGUCUUCCCAAAGAGUUCACCUGUUGCUCUUGACACUGGAAAGUAUGUAGCACUGGUAGAAGUCUUAGGAAAGCAUGGUAGACUAGAAGAUGCUAUUAACAUUCUAACGGAGAUGAAAGAGAAGGAUGUUCCUAUCUCAGACAGAACAGUUGCAUCUUUUUUCCGCAUUCUUAAUGCCGCUGCCAUGCGAGGUGAAGUUGAAACAGUGAAUCGAUUACAUGAGACCAUUGUGAACCUGGGGUUGGCAGAAACUGCUGUCCUUCAUUGCCCUCUGAUUACAGUUCACCUUGAAAAGGAUGACAUGCCUGCAGCUCUGGAAGCUUUAAUCAACUGUUAUAAGAAGUAUGGUAAAAUUCUUCAGCUUCAUAACAUCUACUGUAGACUGAUAGAAAAAGGAGAUGCUGAUCUUCUGCAAAAGGUUUCAGAUUUUAUAAGCAGAGAAUAUGGUGACAUGAUGGCUCUUUAUGAUCUCUUCUUUGCCUUCUUGCAAACAGGAAAAUACAAAGAGGCCAGGAAAGUCAUUGAGACUCCUGGCUUGAGAGCACACUCUGGAAGGUUGCAGUGGUUUGCAAAAAAGUGUAUAACAAAUAAUCAGAUGGAGACUUUGGAACACUUUGUAGAAUUAACUCAAAAUCUAUUUGAAUGUGAUAGAGAUGAGAUGUACUACUACCUGCUCCAGCUGUGUGAGAACAACAGUGACUGGAGAAAGGCUGAAGCUGUUUGGACUAAAAUUCAAGACGAAAAUGUUGUUCCUCGUGAGAAAACACUAACCUUACUGGCUGAUAUACUUGAGAAAAAUGGUCAGGUUGUUCCAUUUGAGGUACCUAAGGUUGGACAUGAAGACACCAGAAGUUUAAGUGCUUCUAAUGUGGAAGAAAGAAAAAUAAGGAUGCUUUGCAAGAAUAGCAAUGCAAAAGAAGCCUACAACAUUUUCCUGAAAAUGCAAGGGAAGAGUGAGCUUCAUCAUCGUUCUUAUGGCAUCCUUAUAAAAGCAUUGCUAACACAGAAUUGUCUUGAAGAAGCCAUCAAAGUGAAACGCAUUGCUGAGACCCACAUCAAGGGCUUCACACUGAACAGUGCUGCCAGCAGCCUCCUCAUCAUAUCGCAAGUUAGGCGGGAUUAUUUGAAAG